CAGACAAUUUGGCAACGUAUUUUCCGCAGAUGGCCAAACGAUUCACAUUCCAGGCGAUUAUGAAUGCAACAGUAUCUGUAGAUACGUUUUUCGUCCUCAGUGGUCUGUUAGUGUCAUACCUUUCCUUACGUGAGAUGAAAAAGAGAGGAGCACCGUUAAAGUUCAACUGGCUGUUGUUUUACUUUCAUAGAUACUGGAGAUUGACCCCACCAUACAUGCUACUGCUCAUGUUGUAUGUACCAACGAUGAGGUACUGGGGAGAUGGACCAUUUUGGCCGCAGAAAGGCGUGGACGUCGAUGAAUGCAAAGACACUUGGUGGACUAAUUUGUUAUACAUUAAUAACGUGUACAAAUCAGAUAAACAAGUAAGUAAACAGGUUCAAUUUUUCAGUGUGCGCACUGGUUUCACUCCUACAAUAAGUACACUGGUUUUGUUUUAG